AAUCUGUAACUAUCACACUAUAUGAAACAUGCAAAUAACAUCAACCACAAAGGGUGCAAGAAGAAAACGGAAACUUCCUGUUUGGCUCGUGAUGAGAUCUUCUGUUACGCCAAAGGUUGAAUUUACCAUACAAAACGACAUACUUGCAAAACAGUCUCAAAACGAAAGGUAGCAGCGCUGUCGUUUUCAACACCAUUUCUAUUGUGUGAAGACGUCGACUACAACAGAUGGAGAUUUUCAGGGCAUCUGUGGCCCUCUUAAGUCUUUGUCUCUUCCAUAGUUGCCAAUCUGAAACAGAGAGCAUGUGUAAAGGUAAUCUACCAUCAUUUCAACAUGUGGCAUUGAACAGCAGUGUUACUGUACCCUGCCCCGUACUCAGUGCACCAGAAAUGGUCUACAGAUUAUUUAAAGGCUCAGACGACAUUUUUUCUGUCAGUGUUAAUAAUACAUCCAUCAGCAAAAAUAACAACAUGCCAAGGAUGGAUUUCACAGUUAAUGUUGCGGAUAACAGUACCAGUUUUAUCCUGGAAGCUGUAACAAAAAAUACUACAGCCCUGUACACCUGCAAGGCCCAGAGAAUCUUUCCUCCACCAUUUCAGGAGGUGGAGAACAAACCACAAACUAUUGUGUUUGUUGAAGAGAGACCAGUUAAACAGCAAGCCGUCUGUCAAAAUGUCAGCUACCAGUUUUACUGGGUGUUGCUUGGAGCCAUGGUCAUAUAUGGGCUGGUAAUGACGUGCAUCGUUUUCUUUUUGCAGAUCAAGCUGAGGCGAAUGGAUAUUCCUUUCAAGGACAGAGAAUGCAGACGGAAAUGGCAGGGGGUUCAACAUCCAACCUGGCAGGGCUUUUACAUAGAGUAGUAUGAGACUGUCUGACGACCUUUAACGAACCCUGCCAAGAACAAGAACAACCACUAAAGCAUCACAUCAGCCAUGUUUUAAAAAGGGCACACUGCAUUCGGAGAACAAUCCAACUACGUUUUAUUUUUUUCACAGUUUUACAUUUUAUAUUUUCAUUUAACCCACUAUUAUAUGUAGCCUUAAUGUAAUUAGCUAUUUUUGUAAAGUAUUUUUGUUUUGCUAAAUUUGGAAAAUAAAUAAAACAACAACCUU